AUGAGUCCAGGUCAUAUACUUCAAAUCUUGUUAGAAAAAUCCACACCCCACGUAGAAAAAACCAUAAGAAAGGCCAAGGAUGUUAGCUUUCGGAUCAAUGAUCAUAGAGAACAAGCGGCUCUUGCAGAUUGUGUGGAGCUGAUGGAGUCGUCCAAGGAUAGAAUUAAGGACUCAAUAGUUGCUCUCGAAAGUGUUACUUUCAAUUCCCAUGCCAAUGCACAUACAUGGGUUAGUUGUGUCCUUACCAACUAUGAUACAUGCUUAGAUGAGUUAAAUGGUCCAGCCAGGUCCACAAUGGAGCCAGACCUCAAUGACUUGAUAUUGAGAGCAAGAAUUUCCCUAGCCAUACUUGUUGCUAUUUCACCUCUGAAAGAAAAUAAUGAGAUUUUGCCAUUGAUUGAAGAUCUUCCGUCAUGGUUAACCUCUAAAGAGAGAAAACUUUUAGAGGCUUUUCCGAAGGAUAUAAAGGCUGAUGUUAUAGUGGCUCAAGAUGGAAGUGGUAAGUACAAGACUGUUAAAGAGGCUGUGGCAUCAGUACCAGAUAAUGGCAAGACUAGGUACGUUAUUCAUGUGAAGAAGGGGAUAUAUAAGGAGAAUGUUGAAGUUGGAAGGACAAAAAGAAUUUGA